CGGCCCCAGAGGAGGCGCAGACCAGCAGAGGGAGCAACGACUGGAACAAGACGGCGGCCCAAGAGGAGGCACAGGCCCCCUGGAAGAGGGAGGACUGGGCCAAAAAGGAGGCCCCAGAAGAGGUGCAGACCCGCAGAAGGAGCGAUGACUGGAUCAAAAAGGCCCCAGAGGAGGCGCCGACCCCCGGGAGGAGGGAGGACUGGAUUAAGAAGUUGUCUCCAGAGGAGGCGCAGACCCGCAGAAUGAGCGACGACUGGAUCAAGAAGGAGGCCUCAGAGGAGGCGCAGACCCCUGGGUGGAGGGAGGACUGGAUUAAGAAGUUGUCCCCAGAGGAGGCGCAGACCCCUGGAUGGAAGGAGGACGGGAUUAAGAAGUUGUCCCCAGAGGAAGCGCAGACCCCCGGGAGGAGGGAGGACUGGAUAAAGGAGCUGAAGUCGGUGCUCAAAGAGGAGGUACUUUCCCCGAAGAGGAGAGAGGAGCAGGUGAAGAAAAAGAAGAAGGUGGUGGUCAUGGACGAGGUGCCCACGUUCAUGCACAGGAGGACAGAGGUGAAGAUAGAGGUGAAGAAAGAGAAGGAGGUGCAGGGGGAGGAGAAGACGCCAAAGAAGUCUGUGAGGCUGCAGAGCCCAACUGCUCAUGGGGAAGACAGCGACAGUCCGGACCCCCAGGAGUACGAGAUCUCCCUCUAUGUCAAGGCUGGCAGUGAUGGUGAGAGCAUCGGGAACUGUCCGUUCUCCCAACGCCUCUUCAUGAUCCUGUGGCUGAAGGGAGUUAUCUUCAACGUCACCACAGUCGACCUCAAAAGGAAACCGGCGGACCUGCAGGACCUGGCCCCGGGGACCAACCCUCCAUUCGUCACAUUUAACGGGGAGGUGAAGGUCGACGUCAACAAGAUAGAAGAGUUCCUUGAGGAAAAACUCACGCCACCACGGUACCCCAAGUUGGCGACGAAUCACCCAGAGUCAAACACCGCAGGUAUAGAUGUGUUCUCCAAGUUCUCUGCCUACAUCAAGAACCCCCGCAAAGAUACCAACGACGGCCUGGAGAAGGCCCUGUUGAAGUCUCUGAGGCGACUGGAUGAAUUCCUGAGGACCCCCCUGCCGGAGGAGAUUGAUGCCAACAGCACAGAAGACACUCAGGAGUCCACACGCUGCUUCCUGGAUGGACCUGACCUCACACUGGCAGACUGCAACCUGCUGCCCAAACUACACAUCAUAAAGGUGGUGGCCAGGAAGUACCGUGGCUUUGAGAUCCCAGUGGAGAUGACGGGGGUGUGGCGCUAUCUGAACCAUGCCUACAAGAGGGAAGAGUUUACUAACACCUGUCCUGUUGAGCGCGAAAUUGAAUUUGCCUACAUAGAUGUGGCCAAACGAAUCAAAUAGCGAGAGGGGGAGGAGGGAGAGACUGAGAAGGCCCAAUCCCAAAUUGUGUGUGUGCGUGUGUGUCUUUGUACACUCACCGGUUGGGUUGGACGGCACUCAUAUGUAGUGUCAUGACUGCUGUGAUUGUAAGACCACUAGACAGAGAGGUCUGCAUCCAUUUCACAUCCAGUCCUUUUGGCCAAAGCCCUCUGCGGUGCACUAUAAUACAGCUGUAUGGUGUCAUUGAAGACACAGACACUGUUAGAAACCUAGAGUACGAACUCUAACAGCGUAUAGCACUAUCUACUAUCUGCAACAUUGUAAAAUUGUCCUAAAGCAUCCAUAAGCAUUCAUUGGAGUGUUAUAACCUCUGUGUCUUAGAGGAAUAGCAGAGCACAGGUAAACACGCCAUACUUAUAUGAAUAUGCAACACUUUGGCCUUGACCACAGCAUUAACCUAUAUAUAGAAAUUAACAUACAUAUACUUUAUAAAUGAACUUUUCUUUAGUUUCUCCCCCGUCUUAUUUUGGCUAUCUAUGGUUGAAUAAUAAUCAAUAGUAAAAAGCUUUUUGAUGUCAAGGUCUGACUUUUCUAUUUGUACGUUUUGUAAAAGCAAAUCUGCUUUAAUACCAUUUAUAUCGAAUUCUGUUGACCAUAACAUAAUUGUGGGUGGGGCUUUCUGUUGAGAAGCUCACCUGUUUGGGCCUCCCUGACCAUGCAGGUUGAAUCGGAAGCCAUUUUGAUUGUGGCGGAAGUGUGUACUGUAUCUCUCUAUGCACCAAACAAAUACUGACACAACCCUGUGUACUCGCCUUAUAAUCCUCACCAGAGGAUACUUUAUUAAACUGAUUUCAGAACAGUGA